AUGGCAACAUCAUCUAAUAAACAAACCAUUUUUCAGUACAAAGAUUGUAACUUCAUCAAGAACAUCCACCAACUAGAACAUUUGGAAAAAAUUCAUCAGUUUGAAAUAAAGGAGACUGAUGUGAUUGUAGUCACAUAUCCGAAAUCAGGAACUAUAUGGAUGCAACAGAUUUUGAGUUUAAUUUAUUCCGAUGGGGACUUGUCUGUUGUACAAAGCAAACAAGCAAUAUACCGUAUUCCUUGGAUGGAGGUGCCAAUAAAUAACUUUCAGGAAUUGCCAUCGCCUCGUUUGUGUGUCACACAUUUACCCUACCGCUUAAUUCCAAAAGAUUUGAGGAAAGGAAAUGGAAAAGUUAUUUACUUGACUCGAAAUCCAAAGGAUAUUGCUGUUUCUUUAUAUCACUUUCAAAACUAUGUUACUUUUCUGGAAUCACCAUCAAAGUUUGAAGACUUUCUGGAGGAAUUCAUUGAUGGCAACGUAAUAUACAACUCUUGGUUUGAUCAUAUUCGUGACUGGUAUAACCACAAGGAUGAAUUUGACUUCCUAUUUCUGUCCUAUGAAGAAAUCACGAAGGAUUUAAGAACCACAAUUACAAAAAUAUGUGACUUCCUUGGGAGAAAGUUGGGUGAAGAAAAGCUUGAUAUAGUGGUGGAGGAGUGUACCUUCAAAGCUAUGAGCAAUAAUCCAAUGGCGAAUUACAAAGAUUUGGAAAAUAAAAACCCAAAUGGGUCAUUUCUCCGAAAAGGAAUAAUUGGAGAUUGGAAAACUCUUUUCACUGUGGCUCAGUCGGAGAAGUUUGACAAAAUAUUCCAAGAAAAAAUGAAAGGAUUUCCUUUUAAAUUCACCUGGGACAGCAAAUAAUGAAACAGAUUAUCCACACAACAGAGACCUAAGUUACAGAAAUAAGUGGAAUGAUGUAUUACAAUACAGGCCGAUGUUGUGUGAAUGAGCAUAUGUUAGUUUAUAAACAAGUAAACAUUAUGUUACAACUUGACUUGUUACAUAGUGUGAGUAGAUGAGAAAGUGGUAUAACAUAGUACUAGUGUGUAUGGGUAAUCAUGAUCAGUGUG